CUGUGUCAAGUUUGUUGACAGUUUGAUUGGAUAGGCCUACGCCAGGGACUGCCCUACUCCUGUGUAUCCUGGCUUCACUUUGUCCAUGUAUUUCAGUCAACAACUUUUCUAAAUUAAAGAAAAAAGUUUUAAAGACUUGUUAUCAAUUGAGUGAGUGACAUGUGAAUGACAAAUAUGUACGAUUCCAUCUGUCCAGCUUGUCAGCAGUUGAUGCCCUUGUUUGUGUGUAUAUUUGAAUGGAUGCUCUACUGUAUACGGUGAAGCUCAAUUAUGUUGGUUUGUCUUCUACUCCUCAGAGAUCUGCUGAGAAGCACAUGUCAUGGUUUUACCAAGGCCGUCGUUUCACAAGAUAAUACCCCAGUGGGAGCCCAGAUUGUGUACGAUGGCGAGAAGAUAAACAAGACAGUGACCUCAGCCAUUUUCAACACAUUUGCAAAGAGGAAUCCAUUCUCAACCAAAACCUGGGAUACCUGCUCUGUGGUUGGCAAUGGAGGGAUUUUGUCCAACAGCACCUGUGGAGAGAUGAUAGAUUCAGCCCAGUUCGUCAUCAGGUGUAACCUACCUCCUGUGGAGAACAGCUUCCUCAAGGAUGUAGGCAAGAAGACAAACCUUGUGACGGCUAAUCCAAGCAUCUUUCUUCAGAAAUUUAGGGGUCUACAGGAGCGCAGACGUCCCUUCAUGGAGAGCAUACGUCGCUACAAUGACUCUCUGAUGCUCCUGCCGGCGUUCUCAUAUUCCACCAACACCGCAGUGUCCCUGCGUGCGCUCUACACCAUCGAGGACUUUGAGAGCCCAAUCAGGCCGGUGUUCCUCAACCCAGAGUACCUUCUGAACCUGCACAGCUUCUGGAGCUCCAAGGGACUGAAGAAGCGUCUGAGCUCUGGCUUGAUGGUGGCCAGCCUGGCGCUGGAACUUUGCACCAAUGUACACCUAUAUGGGUUCUGGCCCUUUGACCAACACCCGCUAUUACAGCAGCCCCUCAACAACCACUACUAUGACAACGUACAGAGUAAGAAGAAUGUUCAUGCAAUGCCUGCCGAGUUUGACCAUUUGUUGAGGUUACAUGAACAGGGUGUACUGAAAAUACACCUGGGGGAGUGUCGGCCGUCCAGCCGGUAGGCAGCCCUGCAUCUCCUCAAAGAUGUCAAUAUGUGUUUUGACAACAGUCAAACAUAAUAAGCUCAACUGAGAAUGCACUGUACUGAACAUGCACUGUUUGCACUGAUAUCAUACAAAAAGAGCAUUCUGUCUUUUAAUAUUAUGCAUAAUAAUGUUUUUUAACUACAACUAAAUUGAUAUUUUUCCUUAGAUUUAGAUUUGGUAAAUGGGCCACAUGUACAAAAUGUCGUUUUCUUAACUGAACUUUUUAUGAGUAU